AUGCCAUCCAGACUGAGGAAGACCGUGAGCCACGGCCAUGGCCUCAUCGGUAAACACCGCAAGCAUCCAGGAGGAUGCGGGAACGCUGGUGGCAUGCAUCAUCACAGGAUCAACUUCGACAAAUAUCAUCCAGUUUACUUUGGGAAAGUUGGAAUGAGGCAUUACCACUUAAAGAGGAACCAGAGCUUCUGCCCGACUGUCAACCUGGAUAAACUGUGGAGUGAGCAGACCCGAGUCAACGCUGCCAAGAACAAGACCGGAGUUGCUCCCAUUAUUGAUGUCGUGCGAUCGGGCUACUACAAAGUUCUGGCGAAGGGAAAGCUCCCUAAGCAGCCUGUCAUUGUGAAAGCCAAAUUUUUCAGCAGAAGAGCUGAAGAGAAGAUAAAGGGUGUUGGAGGUGCCUGUGUUCUGGUGGCUUGAAGCCACUCAGGGAGGCCAAUUAAAUGCUAACA